AUGGCAGACUGGGUAGCCCAAGUUGCUGGCGCCCAGUACAACGACACCAUCGAAUUGUUCACGAUUCCUUGUGACUCCGGCAAAGACAAUAAAGCCCGUUUCUCUUUUCAGCUCGAGGGCCCAGAAGGCCCAUGGAUCCAUGCUGAAGUCCUGGACCUUAUUGUUGCUGCUUCAGAUGUCCGCACAUUGUACACGGACAUAGGACAUGGUUGGGUCGUCUUUACCGAGGAGCUCGCCGGGAACAACAUCUGCCUUUUAGGCGUUCAAAAGCCAAACUCAUACCAGUCCUUCCAGAGUAUUGGCAGCUCCCUCCUUCGCCGCACAUACCUUGUAUUCGACAAUGUCAACGAAGAAGUCGCCAUGGCGCCUGUCAAGUUCCCGACGGAUUCGAAGCCACCUAAGCCCAAUAUCGUCUACUUCAAGAAGUAUGGUUCUAAGAUCCCCUCGUCAGCGCUAUACUGCGAGAUAAGCAAGCCGCUAUGCGAAUAUGACGGGUAUAAUUUUUCGAAUACUGGGCAUAAAGUCGGUAUUGCCGCUGGAGUUGUUGGGGGGGUGCUUGUACUUGCAGGAUUUGCCGCCGGUAUCUGGUGGCACCGGCGCAAGACCAAGAAGGGACAGGAAACAGAAAAGUGGAAGGUUGGACGCGGACCAUCUGUAGUUGGGAGGGAGAGUUAG